AUGAAUAUUAUUUGGAAUUUUCUUCUUCUUGUUUUAAUAGCUGAUUAUUCUUAUGGACGAUAUACUGUUAGGUGGAUUAGAACAAAUGAUCAGACACUUAUAGACGAAUGUUUGGAAAAAUCUCUUAAGCAUAUGAAUCUUGGUGAAGAUAUUACUGUUUUACAAUCAAAAGUAUCAAAUAUUAUUUGUAAAACACGAUUUCUCAAUGGAAUUAAUAUUAAAUUAUAUUUCGAACUUGAACAACAAAAAUGGAAAUGUCUGCUUUAUAAACCACUUGUUGAAACACUUGGUAUACAAUAUGAAAGAUGUAUGCAACCACAGGACGAUGAUUCAUUGGAAGAAGGUCAAUCAAAACAAUCUAAUCAAAUAAUUCAAGAAGAACCACAAGUAAAUAAUGACAAUAAAGUUGAAGAAGAACCACAAGUAAAUAAUGAUAAUAGAGUUGAAGAAGAAGAAGAAGAUGAUGAAGCUAAAAUUGAUGCACUUAAUGAACAAGAACGGAAAAAAGAGAUAAAAAAUGAUGAAACUGAAAUUGAUAACAGGAAUCAACCAAUAUCUAAUGAAGAUACGAAUAAUCAACAAGGUUCUGAACAAAAUGCAGAUAGAAAUGAAAAAAUUAGUAAUGACCAAGUUGAGAACGAAAAUAUGAAUAACGAUGAAACAAAUCUUGAUACACAUAAUUCUGAACAAAAGAAAAAUAAUGAUGAAGAGAUAUCUAAUAAAGAUGCAGAUAAUGAUAAUACAAAUGUUCAAGAUAAUAAUCAACAGGAGCAGCCAGAAAAUAUAAAUAAUCAAGAAGAUACUAGAAGUAGCAAAAAAAUCGAUUGUCUAAUAGAACGUCUUCAUCGUGGAACAGAACAAUGUGAUCAUAUUGAACAACGAGCUUGUCUUGCUGAAGAACGUUUAUUCAUACUUAAUGAAUCUAUUCAAACACUUGCUCGUGUAAUUGACGUUAGUUAUUUAAUACUUAUCUCAUUGGAUAAAGAAAAAUUUACAUGGUUAAAAUUAAUUAAUAAUGAAAAUCUUGAUUUAACAAAUCCAAUAGCUAAACAAUUCUUCUAUCGUCUUGAAUUAUAUUUAAGACGAACAAUUAUCGAUGAUAAUGAGAAACGAGCAUAUAUUCAAGCUUUAUAUCUUUUGCAAUCACCAUUCAUUGUAUCAUCUGGUUUUUUUUUCAAACAUGAAAGAAGAAAAAAAAAAGAAUAA